AUGAUUGACGUCCAAUCUAUGACCUCUUUCGAGAGAAGGGAACACUUAAAACAUGUCAUGCACCCACCAAAGUUCACUUCUGAGAACAUCAAAAAGUAUGCGAGUACUAGAUUCUCCAGCUUAUUUGUUCCUAGAGACGAAUUAGCUCAAUAUUCCAAACAAGAGAUAUUCAACCCCUUCUCCGUCUUGAGGGAGUUGACUUGGAAGCAAUGGAAUUUCUUCCUUUUAGGUUUCAGUGCUUGGACUUUGGAUGCCUUUGAUUUCUUCUGUGUCUCCCUUAAUACAACCGAGAUUGCUAGGGACUUGAAAGUUACCGUUAAGGAUGUCACUUGGGGUAUUACCUUGGUUCUUAUGUUGAGAUCAGUCGGUGCUGUUAUUUUUGGUUUAUGGGGUGAUCGUUACGGUAGAAAAUGGCCCUACAUUACUAAUUUGGUCUUGUUAACCGCUAUUCAAAUCGGUACUGGUUUUGUCACAACUUAUAAGGAGUUCUUAGGUGUUAGAGCCAUUUUCGGUAUUGCUAUGGGUGGUAUUUAUGGUACUUGUUCUGCCAUCGCAAUGGAAGAUUGUCCAAAAGCUGCAAGAGGUGUCAUAUCAGGUAUGUUUCAACAGGGUUACGCUUUCGGUUACUUAUUUGCCAUCUUAUUCCAAAGAGUUCUUGCUGAUAACACCAAGAAGGGAUGGAGAACUUUGUUUUGGUUCUCUGCUGGUUUGGCUGUACCUUUAAUCAUUUGGAGAUAUUUCACAGAAGAAACAGAUACCUUUAAGAAGCAACAACAAAGUUUCGAUGAACACGCUAAGACUACUUCCAAGGCUAAGGAAUUCAAGGAGGAAGGUAAGAAGGCCAUGAAGACUUAUGGUGUCGUUGCUAUUUACGCUGUUCUUAUGAUGGCUGGUUUCAACUUUAUGUCUCAUGGUUCUCAAGAUUUAUACCCAACCUUAUUAUCAGUUCAAUUAGGCUUUGGUAAAAACAAAUCCGCUGUGACUAAUUCUGUUGCUAACUUGGGUGCUAUCUGUGGAGGUUUGACUAUGGGUCACGCAUCUACAUUUUUGGGUAGAAGAUUAACUGUUAUUAUUGGUUGUGUCUUGGGUGGUGCUAUGAUUUACCCAUGGGCUUUCCUUGAAAACAAUGGUAUUAUGGCAGGUGCCUUCUGGUUACAAUUCUUUGUUCAAGGUAACUGGGGUGUUGUUCCAAUUCAUUUGUCUGAAUUGUCUCCACCACAGUUUAGAUCUUUUGUUGGUGGUGUUGCUUACCAAUUGGGUAACUUGGCAUCUUCUGCAUCUUCUACUAUUGAAGCCACUAUUGGUGAAAGAUUUCCUAUUUAUAAUCCCGAUGGUACUCCAAAGAAGAGUGCUUCUGGAGCUACCAUCUACGAUUACUCCAAAACUAUGGCUAUUUUCGUGGGUGCUGUCUUUGCCUAUGUGAUUGUUAUCAUGUUCGUUGGACCCGAAAACAGAGGAGCUGAUUUGUCUAUCGACAGAGAUGAAACUGACUCCAUUGCCGAUGUUGUUGAUGAAGAAGAACAAUUUGAUGAAGACAAGAAGCCUGAUGUUGUUUACACUGAAAGAGUUUAA